AUGGAGACCGGCGCCUGCCCACAUCCGCUGCGCCUGUUCAUCUGCCUGAUGCCGCUGUGUCUCGCUUUGCUUUUGGGGCCGGGGAGGCCCGGGACCGCCGAGGAAGUCAUCCUCUUGGAUUCCAAAGCUUCCCAAGCUGAGCUGGGCUGGACUGCACUGCCAAGUAAUGGGUGGGAGGAGAUCAGCGGCGUGGACGAGCACGACCGUCCCAUCCGCACAUACCAAGUGUGCCACGUGCUGGAGCCCAACCAGGACAACUGGCUGCAGACCGGCUGGAUCAGCCGCGGGCGCGGGCAGCGCAUCUUCGUGGAGCUGCAGUUCACACUGCGUGACUGCAGCAGCAUCCCCGGAGCCGCGGGCACCUGCAAGGAGACUUUCAAUGUCUACUACCUGGAAACCGAGGCCGAUUUGGGCCGCGGGCGUACCCGCCCAGGGGGCAGCCGGCCCCGCAAGAUCGACACGAUCGCAGCAGACGAGAGCUUCACUCAGGGCGACCUGGGUGAGCGCAAGAUGAAGCUGAACACGGAGGUGCGCGAGAUCGGUCCGCUCAGCCGGCGGGGUUUCCACUUGGCCUUCCAGGACGUGGGCGCAUGCGUGGCUCUAGUCUCUGUGCGCGUCUACUACAAGCAGUGCCGCGCCACGGUGCGGGGCCUGGCGGCGUUCCCAGCCACCGCAGCCGAGAGCGCCUUCUCCACGCUGGUGGAGGUGACCGGAACGUGCGUGGCACACUCAGAAGGGGAGCCCGGCAGCCCCCCGCGCAUGCACUGCGGCGCCGAUGGCGAGUGGCUGGUGCCCGUGGGCCGGUGCAGCUGCAGUGCGGGAUUCCAAGAACGCGGUGACAUCUGUGAAGCCUGUCCCCCAGGGUUUUACAAGGUGUCCCCGAGGCGGCCCUUCUGCUCGCCGUGCCCAGAGCACAGCCGGGCCCUGGAAAACGCGUCUACGUUCUGCGUGUGCCAGGACAGCUACGCACGCUCGCCCACCGACCCGCCCUCGGCGUCCUGCACCCGGCCGCCGUCAGCCCCGCGGGACCUGCAGUACAGCCUGAGCCGCUCGCCGCUGGCGCUGCGGCUGCGCUGGCUGCCGCCGGCCGACUCGGGCGGCCGCUCGGACGUCACGUACUCGCUGCUGUGCCUGCGCUGCGGCCGCGAGGGCCCGGCGGGCGCGUGCGAGCCAUGCGGGCCGCGCGUGGCCUUCGUGCCGCGCCAGGUGGGGCUGCGGGAGCGCGCCGCCACGCUGCUGCACCUGCGGCCCGGCGCGCGCUACACCGUGCGCGUGGCCGCGCUCAACGGCGUGUCUGGCCCGGCGGCCGCCGCGGGAGCCACCUAUGCGCAGGUCACGGUCUCCACCGGGCCCGGGGCGCCCUGGGAGGAGGAUGAGAUCCGCAGGGACCGAGUGGAGCCCCAGAGUGUGUCUCUGUCGUGGCGGGAACCCAUCCCCGCGGGAGCCCCAGGGGCCAACGGCACCGAGUAUGAGAUCAGAUACUUCGAGAAGGGUCAGAGUGAGCAGACUUACUCGACGGUGAAGACAGGGGCACCUGCGGUCACUGUCACCAACCUGAAGCCGGCUACCCGCUACGUCUUUCAGAUCCGGACGGCUUCCCCAGGGCCCUCCUGGGAGACCCAGAGCUUCAACCCCAGCAUUGAAGUGCUGACCCCAGGGGAGGCCACCUCCGGGUCCAAGGACCAGAGCCCCGCGGUCGUCGUCACCGUGGUGACCAUCUCAGCCCUCCUCGUCCUGGGCUCUGUGAUGAGUGUGCUGGCCAUUUGGAGGAGGCCCUGCAGCUAUGGCAAAGGAGGUCGGGACGCCCACGAUGAGGAGGAGCUGUAUUUCCACUUCAAAGUCCCAACUCGUCGCACAUUCGUGGAUCCCCAGAGCUGUGGGGACCCGCUGCAGGCCGUGCAUCUGUUUGCCAAGGAGCUGGAUGCGAAAAGUGUCACGCUGGAGAAGAGCCUUGGAACAGGGCGGUUUGGGGAGUUGUGCUGCGGCUGCCUGCAGCUCCCGGGCCGCCAGGAGCUCCCCGUGGCUGUGCACACACUGAGGGAGGGCUGCUCCGACUCGCAGAGGCUCAGCUUCCUGGCCGAGGCCCUCACCCUGGGCCAGUUCGACCACAGCCACGUGGUACGACUGGAGGGCGUGGUCACCCGAGGAAGCACCUUGAUGAUUGUCACCGAAUACAUGAGCCAUGGGGCCCUGGAUGGCUUCCUCAGGCGGCAUGAGGGCCAGCUGGUGGCCGCACAGCUGAUGGGGCUGCUGCCCGGCCUGGCGUCGGCCAUGAAGUACCUGUCGGAAAUGGGCUACGUCCACCGGGGCCUGGCGGCUCGCCGGGUGCUGGUCAGCAGCGAGCUCGUCUGCAAGAUCUCUGGCUUCGGCCGGGGCCCCCGGGACCGAGCAGAGGCGGUCUACACCACCAUGAGUGGCCGGAGCCCGGCGCUGUGGGCCGCCCCCGAGACGCUUCAGUUUGGCCACUUCAGCUCCGCCAGCGACGUGUGGAGCUUCGGUGUCGUCAUGUGGGAGGUGAUGGCCUUCGGGGAGCGGCCCUACUGGGACAUGUCUGGCCAAGAUGUGAUCAAGGCCGUGGAGGAUGGCUUCCGGCUGCCGCCCCCCAGGAACUGCCCCUCCCCGCUGCACCGGCUGAUGCUUGACUGCUGGCAGAAGGACCCGGGCGAGCGGCCCAGGUUCUCCCAGAUCCACGGCCUCCUGAGCAAGAUGAUGCAGGACCCGGAGCCCCCGAGGUGUGCCGACACCACCGGUGCCAGGCCUCCCACGCCCCUGGCGGACCGUGCCUUCUCCACCUUCCCCUCCUUUGGCUCCGUGGGCGCGUGGCUGGAGGCCCUGGACCUGGGCCGCUACAAAGACAGCUUCGCUGCUGCAGGCUAUGGGAGCCUAGAGGCUGUGGCCGCCAUGACUGCCCAGGACCUGGUGAGCCUGGGCAUCUCGUCGGCGGAACACCGGGAGGACCUCCUCAGCGGGAUUGGUGCUCUGCGGGCCCGGGUGCUCCAGCUGCAGGGCCGGGGGGUGCAGGUGUGAGCAGCCCCACUCUCCCGGCCAGGACCCCAGGGGGGCCCCAGCCCCCAGCCCCACCCAGGACCCCUGCUGGCUGCGUUCCACCUGUGCGGAAGGGAGAGCCCAGAGCUUGAGUGGAGCCGCAGUCUUUCCCACCUCCCUGCCUGUUCUCACUGCCCCCGGUCUGAGCACCUUGGCUGACUCAGCCCCGCCCCCCGCCCCCAUAGAAAAAAGGUUCAAAUCCUGGGGAGGACCUCUGAGAUACAGUGGGAGGAAAUGCAGGGUCGCAGAGACCCAGGUGGGCAGGGGCAGGGAGGAGGACCUAGCUUUAAAUGGCCUGAUUCAUGCCCUUCUGUCUUCUGCACCCACUGGAGUCUGGGGCCCACCCCAAAGGGUGCCACACUUUCCCUCAGAGCAGCAGGCAGCCUGGGUCCCCGAGGGAUGGGCCGCUGUGGGACCUAGCAAGGAUACCCGUCCUCGUGGGCCGUGGCUCUUCAGCUCCCUGUGGUCCAGCUGGGCCCUGUCUGGACCCUGGUCCUGAGACCCAGGCAGGCAGAGGUGGUGCUGAGGGCCCUGAGGACCCCAGACUCAGGAGCUGAUUUCUGCAUCCCCCACCCUUGGGCCGACCAUUCUGGGUGAGGGUCCCGGUGCUCCCCUGAGGUCCCACUAGGCGUCCCCUGCUACUUUGCAUUCCUUUUAUAAACUCACUGGGCAGGACAUCUGGGAGGAACAUGAGGAGAGAGGUUUUCUGCCUGGGACUGCGAGAGCUUUGCUCCCAGCCCUGGGGAUAAUGAAGACGUGACUCUCAGAGGAGCUUCUCUAACGGGCCAGUUCAGUCCUCACUGUACCAGUGGGAAAACCAAGGCUCAGUGAGGAGUCCGGGCCAGAGCUGGGCUUGAGCCCACGGGCCGGACUCCUGAUCCGGAGUGAGGCUAGCUCUGGAGAGACUCCUUGGUCCUCCGUGUGUCACCAACACUCUUCCCUGAGGCAGCCCAGGGGUACUCUGAGGUGACCCCUCUUGCAAGCUUCAUCCCCUGUACCACCCAGCCCCCAUGAAAUGCCUCCUCAUUCUGGGUCCUCUUCUGUGGGGCUUGCGCUGAGGAGUGGUUGCACUGAGCUGACUCCAGAGCUCCUCAUCCAGGAGGGCUUCCUGGAGUUGGGGGUGAUCAUGAGGCCAGGGCUUUCGUAGGACAGAAGGAAGGCGACUGGCCCUGGAUAGGGUCACCCCUGACAUAAACCUGC